CGCGCGUUUCACCUGAGAACUCUUAUACGACCUUAUCGUUUCCUUCACUGAACUACAUCAGAAAACCAAGAGGCUUGUUACAAAAUUUUAAACUUUUUGGAAACCUGGAAAUGAAGAGAGAUUUAACUUUUUUCUAUAGGAUUUGGAUUGGGACUGCCUCUUUUUUAGGUCUGGUGACUGGGUUUUCUAUGACCCCACCUAUCCUCAACAGCACCAAAAACCAACUAGUGAUUGAUGCCAAUGACACACUGAGCAUCACAUGCAGGGGACAACACCUUCUGGGCUGGGCCUGGCCUGACCAGUCUCUUGAAAAAGCUGAGCUCAGUAAGCAAGAAGGGCAGCAGUCACCUGCCUACAUCCAUAACCAGAGGGGUCUGUGGGUGAAAGAGUGCCAGGGAGAGCCAGGGAAACCCUACUGCAAGAUCCUUGUACUGACCCAAAGUGGCAGUGACGACACUGGCUACUAUCAUUGUUUCUACCAGGACAUUAAGGCUAUCAUCGAUGGAACCACAGCUGCCAGCAUCUAUGUCUUUGUACGAGACCCUAAUAAGCCAUUUGUCCAGAGAAAUGAUGACAUGGAAACCAUCUUCAUAACAGCUUCAGACAAGCACAUUGAGGUUCCAUGUCUGGUCUCGGAUCCUGACCUGAACGUUACCCUCUACUCGGUGGAAAAUUCCAUUGUGCCUCUGGAAGGUAAAGAGAUCACGUGGAACAACAAGCGAGGCUGGUCUGUCCCCAGAAACAUCAUAGACCGCAUGUCCAUUAUCUUUGGCUUUUUCUGUUCUAUAACUUCACACAGCAGUGCAUACAGAUCCAACAUCUACUUGCUGAUGGAAACUGGAAGAAAGUUUUACGAGCUUAAAUUACUCCCUGAAGACUCACCCAUUGAGCUGAUGCGAGGCGAUGUUCUGGUCCUCAACUGCACAGCGUUGGUCGAGUUCAACAUGGGUGUGGAAUUCAAGUGGGCCUACCCUGGCCAAAAGGAGAACAGGGUAGUGAAUUUUCAACCUAUGCGCAAUAAAUUGGCACAUGCAACGGAAGCCAUCAGCACCCUCACCAUCCGCAAUGUCAACAUGAAUGACUCCGGUUUCUAUACCUGCUCUGCUAAUAGUGUGGACAGAAGUCUGGCACGCUCCACACUGAUCAUAGUGCACAAGGAGCCCUUCAUCAGUUUGGACUACAAAAAUGGUUCUGCUGUGGAAGCUACAGUUGGACAAAAGUCUAUCAUGUUGUCUGUGAGAAUGUCUGCAUACCCAGGGCCACUUACCCACUGGUAUAAAAACAUGACACUGAUAACAAAGCGGCCAGAGUUCAGCAGGUUCAGGUCCCAGGAUCAUAACCUGGAGAUCAGGGACGUGCGUAAAGAGGAUGCUGGCAACUAUACUCUGGUUCUGAAGAACAGUGCUGCUGCCAUAGAGAAAAAACUCCAAUUUACUCUUAUAGUCAAUGAGCUGCCUCAGAUCCAUGAGAAGGAGGCAGCAGCACCUAGUAACCCCUAUCGGUGGGGCAGCCGACAGACUCUCACCUGCACUGCUACUGGCUAUCCUCCCCCACAAGCUAUAACCUGGCAAUGGAGGCCAUGGAGCCCCUGUGGCCUCAACAUCACCCACAGAACUCUAGCUCAUAGAGGACAGCAAGAUAAGAUUCCUCUUUGCCAGGACUGGAUCGAUCUGGACCCUGAGCACACUGUGAAUGCUAUUGAGAGCAUGGACACUUGGUCUGAACCAGUUGAUGGGAAGUUAAAGACAGUGGGCCGUAUCAUCAUUCUGAGUGCAAAUGUGUCAGCUAUGUACAAAUGUUCUGCGGAGAACAAAGUGGGCAAAGAUGAGCGACUGAUUUACUUCUACGUGACAACCAUCCCAGAAGGCUUCAAUAUUGAAAUGGAGCCCGUGGAGGAGCCCCUGGAGCUGGAUUCUGUGCGUCUGAAAUGUAGUGCUGACAACUACACAUACAAUAACAUGCGCUGGUACCGGCUAGACCCACAGGCCAUGCCCCCCGAGGACUGCAAAAGCUUGUACCAGUAUGCCAAGGUCCUGGGUGGAGAGCUCUCAUUCCAGGCCUCCAGAAACAGCUGGGUGCUGGAGCUCAAUUUUACCAGUGUGCAGCUGCAGGACGAAGGCAACUAUGUGUGCGAGGUGCAGAACCAGCGCAGCGGCGAGAAGCACUGCCACCGCAAAUACCUCUCUGUGAAGGCCUUGGAGGCCCCGAGGUACCGGCACAACCCCACCAAUCAAACAGUGAAUGUCAGCUCAUCCUUGCAAAUGGAGUGUGAUGUGGAGGGGACGCCGUCUCCCCAACUCUCAUGGUUUAAAGACAAUCAGCCCCUCUUCCCAGUAUCAGGUAUUCUGCUUCAGGACUCCAACCGGAUGCUUAGUAUUCAACGAGUCCGAGAGGAAGACGCAGGCCUGUACACAUGCACCGCCUGCAACCAGAGAGGCUGCAUCCAUUCCUCUGCGAUUGUGUCUGUUAUUGGCUCUGAUGAUGACACAAAUGUGGAGAUUGUGAUCCUCAUUGGCACGGGAGUCAUCGCCAUAUUCUUCUGGGUCCUCCUAAUUCUCAUCUUCUGCAAUGUCAAGCGGGUGAACCCAGCUGACAUCAAGACGGGCUACCUGUCCAUCAUCAUGGACCCAGGGGAGGUGCCUCUGGAGGAGCAGUGCGAGUACCUUCCCUAUGACUCCAGCCAGUGGGAGAUCCCACGUGACCGCCUACGCCUUGGGAAGGUGCUUGGUCAUGGUGCUUUUGGAAAGGUGAUAGAGGCCUCUGUCUAUGGGAAUGACAAGAAAAGCAGUUUAGGCACUGUUGCUGUCAAGAUGCUCAAAGAAGGAGCCACAGCCAGUGAACACAAGGCCCUCAUGUCUGAGCUGAAAAUCCUCAUUCACAUUGGGAACCAUCUUAAUGUGGUAAAUCUACUUGGAGCAUGUACCAAAACCAAUGGCCCUCUCAUGGUUGUGGUGGAAUAUUGCAAAUAUGGCAAUCUGUCCAACUACCUGCGGGCUAAGAGGGAAUUUUUCUUACCAUACAGGGACUGCUCCCCUAAAACCCAGAGCCAAGUCAGGAGGAUGCUGGAGGCCGGACAUGUGGAGCAGAUAGGCCGGAAGCCUUCAUCCCCAUCCUAUCCCUCAAACCUUAGUUUCAUGUCCCAGCUGCAUUGCAAAAUGAGCCAGAAGAGCCACCCCUCAGAGAGGAAAAUGGAUGACCUCUGGAAGUCUCCUCUCACAGUAGAAGAUCUGAUAUGCUACAGCUUCCAGGUGGCACGAGGGAUGGAGUUCCUGGCAUCUCGUAAGUGCAUCCAUCGGGACUUGGCUGCUCGAAACAUUUUGCUUUCAGAGAACAAUGUUGUGAAGAUUUGUGACUUUGGACUAGCUCGUGACAUCUACAAGGACCCAGACUAUGUACGGAAAGGCAAUGCCAGACUACCACUCAAGUGGAUGGCACCUGAGAGCAUCUUUGACAAGGUGUACACCAGUCAGAGUGAUGUCUGGUCUUUUGGUGUGCUGCUGUGGGAGAUCUUCUCACUGGGAGCUUCACCUUACCCAGGGAUUCAGAUUGAUGAGGAAUUCUGUAAACGACUUAAAGAUGGCACCAGGAUGAGGGCCCCUGACAAUGCCUCCCCUGAAAUAUAUGGGAUCAUGCUGGCAUGCUGGCAGGGUGAACCUAAGGAAAGGCCCACAUUUCCUGUGCUGCUAGAGAUAUUGGGAGACCUUCUGCAAGACAACAGCCUACCAGACAUCUCCCUCAAUAUGUCUCAGAGUACAGAAGACGAUGGCUUCUCGCAGGUGUCUUCAAGGCCUCCAUCACAGGACGAGCUCAGACUGGUCUGCAACAGCCUGCCAGCCAGAUACUAUAACUGUGUAUCAUUCUCUGGGUCUUUGAUGGUGAGCCCAUCCACAACAUGCCACUCCCGGGUGAAAACAUUUGAGCAGCUACCAAUAGAGAUGAUCUCUCAUAAGUCACCUCAUGACAGCCAGACAGACAGUGGCAUGGUGUUGGCUUCUGAGGAGCUGGAGAGGUUCGAACACCAACAAAAAAGUGUUAUUCUGAAGAAUCCAACAACAAGCAACAACACAGAGCAUCUCAUCAGCAGACACCAGCCACCAUUCUUCAGCCAGAUCUCUGGGCAGACCUUUUACAACAAUGAGUAUGGCCAGUUGGCUGAGGAGGAGGUGAACGACUUCUUUUCCACAGUGGACAUGCCUGUGACCGAUGGAUCUUGCCUGGCUACCUCCAACCUGUAAUGGCACCCCCGAAAGGCCCGAAGGAAACUAUUUCCGUCAUUAGGUCUCCACCAACCCUGCCUCACAAACUGAACUGAUACCCCCCCCCCCCCCACCGUCACUGGGUGGCACUAUUAUUGUAGCCGCUAAUUUUCUAGUAUUUU